GGCGCAGGCCGAGCAGGUAGUGCUGGCGGCUGGCUUUGUGUCCGUGCAGCCCCGAAUCUUGGAGGAAGAACCGCUGCGCAGCAGGACAACUCCAACCAGGUCUUCAGGAUGAAGUUGGGUCUCUUGACAGCUCUCCUGGUUCUUCUGACUGCUGAGGAAGCAGAGGCUCUGCAGGAACCUCAGUUAUGUUACAUCUUGGAUGGGAUUCUGUUUGUCUACGGCAUCGUCCUCACCUUCCUCUAUUGCCGACUGAAGAUCCAAUAUCGGAAGAAAUCAAAACAAUCCCAUUCAGCAAUUUAUGAGAAAGUGGAAGGAGUCUAUACAGGCCUCGUCACAAGCGAAACCGACACCUACACAGCGCUGGAGCUCCCCAAAGUUGAAGCGCAGGGUAAAGUCCCCGAAGAAGAGCUCGUAGUGGAAUAGGCACUGUCGCUUUCAGAACCCUUUUUCGCCGGCAUCUGAAAAUCGCAAAACUGUUUUUGCCGCAAGACGACAGAGCAAUUCUUGCUGUAUCUGCGAGGAAGACCCAUCCUCUUUUGUGCCUUGACCAAGCGGCUUGGAUGAAGGAGGCCUUGUCCACAGCUGCCGCUGCUUGCUCAUUUCAGCCAGCAUCUACUGGGAUGGGGGGUGGGUGGGGACGAGAUCUCACUGUUUGUUAAUCCCACUGGCGCUCUCGUGAGUGUCCCCCAAAGCUAUUCCACUUUGGAGCAAAGUCUCGUUUGUCCAUUCCCCAGUUGUUGUGGCAAAAAUGAACCCAGCCUCUGUUCAGCAGGCUGGAAAGAUUGGUUUAUUAAACUACAAUGGCAGGAGAAUUUACAAGCAUGCGAGCCUGGCUGGUAAGUUUUGAUCGGUUGCAGGUAUCAUGUUGACUAUAUACAGGGGUCAUUUCGUAGGGAAAGAGCUGGAGGAACUCAUUAGCAUAACUCAUUAGCGUAACACAUCAGAAUAUGCCACGCCCCUUGACAUCACUGGAAAUGUUUCAUUAGCAUAACUGAUUUGCAUGCGCCACACCCCCUGGCAUCACCUAUCCUGGCUGUUUUGGACCCGAUCCUGGCCAUUCAGGGCCGAAAUUGGGCCCAAAAUGGCAAAAAGGGGCGGAAAAUGGCCAAAAAGGGGCCCAAAAUGGUCAGGAUCCAGCC